AUGCAUCAAAACCUCAGGUUCAUCCAUCUUGCCAAGUACUUACGACCCAUCGAUGCGGCAAAAAGACAGUUUUCAUCGACUGCCAGAAGGCGCAACUCAUACGAGCAAGAUACCAUCGCGAAUUUGAGGAUAGACAAAAGCACUAGAGUGAUCUACCAAGGUUUUACAGGGAGGGCCGCCACUGUCAACGCGAAAGAUACCAUUGAGUAUGGCACCAACAUCGUUGGAGGUGUGUCCCCUGGAAAGGGCGGUCAAGAACAUCUAGGCUUGCCUGUGUUCAACACCGUGAACGAGGCAAUGGAGAAGGUUAAACCUCACGCAAGCGCUGUCUUCGUCCCCGCUCAGUUUGCAGCCGGUGCUAUAAUUGAGGCCAUUGAAGCAGAAGUGCCUCUUGUGGUGUCAGUCGCAGAGCAUGUCCCGGUUCUCGACAUUGCGAGAGUUCAAGAGAUCCUGAGGACGCAGUCAAAAACCCGUCUGGUAGGUCCCAACUGUCCGGGUAUCAUUGCUCCGGAUCAGUGCCGCAUUGGCAUCAUGCCCUACAAACAGUACUCUAGAGGAGUAGUCGGCAUCGUGUCGAAGAGCGGAACACUCAGUUACGAAGCUGUUGGUGCAACGACGAAGGCCGGGCUAGGGCAAAGCAUAGUGGUCGGGAUGGGAGGGGACAUGAUGCCUGGCACGACGCUCCUUGAUGGCCUGAAGCUGUUUUUCGAGCAUGAGGAAACCAAGGGUAUCAUUGUUAUUGGCGAAAUCGGUGGCGAAGCGGAACUACGUGCUGCCGAGGCGAUCGAAGAGUACAACAAGACGACGCGGAAUCCGAAGCCGAUAAUCGCUAUGGUUGCCGGAAGAACAGCACCGAAGGGAAAGACGAUGGGACAUGCAGGUGCUCUAUUGACGCCAAGAGAUGUCUCAGCUGACGCAAAGGCGGCAGCUCUGGAGAAAGCGGGAGCUAUUGUGGUCCCACAUCCAGGGGUGAUGGGGGAUGAGAUGAGGAAGCUACUUGGGCUAUGA